GUGGAGGUGAUUACCAACCGCUAGCGGAGAGAGAGAGGAGGGCUGAGCCUUGAAGCUGCUGGGGAACUUGAAGAGAGCAGGGGGAGGAGGAGAAGAAGGAUUGAUAUAACAAGAGCUGUCGAUGCACAGCGCAAUUCUCACUCACUCCAAGUCUUUGAACCAAGACCGAUAAAGGGGAGCGGGCUUUCCAUUCAUUUCGAGCGCACGCAACUUUUCUUGUGUGGCACUAAAGCGUAACGAUUCACCAGAUAUUAUUCAAGUGUUUUUUUAUGUUUUAAUUUUUUUGUAAAAGUGAAAUACGAGACAUCAGCAGAUCAGAAACGUUUACGAGACCUCCGAGUUUGGGAAGUUUUGUUUCCAGUAGAAUUGCAUGACAUUUCUUUAAAGGACUUGAGAGCCUGACAGAGUUUCUUCACAUACCGCGUGGUGUGGGAUUUGGAGCUGAAACGGGGAGUUCUCAAAUGCAAAAGUACAUGUAUGAGAAAGCAAUGGCACAAGAGACAAGAAACGGAGGAACCUCUACGUUAAACAACAACAAUGGUGUUGACAACAGCAAGAAGAAACUGCUUAUAGCGCUGGACAUCAUCUGUCUUCUUCUUGCUAGCCUGCCUUUCCUGAUCAUUGAGACUAGCACCAUAAAGCCGUACCAGCGCGGGUUUUACUGUUCGGACGAGUCCAUCCGCUACCCCCAAAAAGAGGGAGACACCAUUAGCGAUGCCAUGCUUUGUGGUGUUGGCAUUCUUAUUGCCAUCAUCUCUAUUGUGAUUGGAGAAUGCUACAGGAUUCAUCAGCUACACGUGGGAACCAAGUCCUUUGUUGGGAAUCCCUACGUUUCAGCCCUGUACAAACAGGUGGGUGUGUUCAUCUUUGGCUGUGCCAUUAGCCAGUCAUUCACAGACAUUGCCAAGGUGUCGGUGGGUCGUAUGAGACCUCACUUCUUAGAUGUGUGUAGACCUGAUUUUUCCACUAUCAACUGUUCCGUGGGAUACAUCACCGAAUACACCUGCAGUGGCAAAGACAGUGACGUACAAGAGGCCAGGAAAUCCUUCUUCUCAGGACAUGCCUCUUUUUCAAUGUAUGCCAUGCUCUACCUUGCUUUCUAUCUCCAGUCCAGGUUUACAUGGCGUGGCGCUCGUCUCCUCCGCCCGUUGCUCCAGUUCACACUGUUGAUGAUGGCCUUUUACACCGGCUUAUCACGUGUCUCCGACCACAAGCACCACCCUACUGAUGUCCUGGCAGGCUUUGUGCAGGGAGCCCUGGUGGCCUACUGCAUAGUGUUCUACGUGUCAGACCUGUUCAAGCCCAGGGUGAAGCCAGCCACGCCCCCGCCCUCCCCAAUCAAGAAGGAACUGCUCCCUUCAUCCGACAUCAUUGAGAGGAACAACCACCACAACAUGGUGUGAGAGAGGCCACAACUCUUCCUGUGACUGAGGAGCCGAUCACAGCGCUGCUCACCUCCCAUCGGACAGUAGAAUGUAGCGACGAGAGACUGUAGCUGCUCCUCAAAUGGCAUCCUCCUCCCUUUUGCAACGCCCAGCGAGGUGCUUUGUGGACUAGGGUGUCAGAUUUGAGAUUUGCACAGCAGAGUCCACUCUCACUAUCCAGACUUAUUAUUUACUAUUAUGUCAACUACUAAUCAACAUUUGAGCCCAUUGUUUUGAGCACAAACAGAAAAGAAUUGGAAGCUAAAAGAAAGAUGAAUUAAGAAUAUUGAUGACUUGACAGGCAGAGCUGAGGGGUGUGGAAGUUUGAAGGAAGUGUAACCACAUAAAGGGAAAACACUGACGAAAAACAAAUGAAGAAAAGAGACAAAAAAAGACAACCCCCCCCCCCCUGCCUAGGAAGAGAAGAAUUACCAGUGAUGCUUCCUCUCUGAACUCUCUGUGGCCUUGGAACUCCACAGAACAACAACUUCCUUAGCUACAGGAAGGAUAUUACUGCAAUAACUAGCAGCAUAGAAAUAUUAACAGUAUAGAAAAAUAUAACUUAUAGCACUGUUUUUAAGUCCAUUGUCCAUUAUCACCACUUGCUGCCUGAUGUGUCUAACUGAAAGAAAACUUGAUGGUGCUGACAUUCACAAGACAGAAAUAGUUGCUCAGAGAAGAAGCUAGCAUGGUAUUGCAUGGCUUUAAUAACAAUAACCCUGUAAGGAUCAUACACUGAUUUUACUGGACCUUUACAACAGGUUUCAGAGAAGUCUCUUGCCUGUCUUGCAAACAUUUUUGACUGAUUCGCAGUACUCCGCUAAGAAAUGGGGUCCUCCAAUCUCACUUCUGUCUCAGAUCAGCACAUCAAGCUUUUUGCAGUGGACUGUCAGUGCAGCCUAAACUCGGGAUGUUGCAUUUUUUGGGGGUUAGAUGUAGUAAAGGGGGGAUAUUUUCUGUGGAAGGAGGGAGGCAGAUCUCACAGCCCCCCAGCACCUGUACAAGAUGUGUGGCUGUGCCAUGCUACUUCAUGGUGCUGGGGCCAUCUGUUUGGCUUCCUUAACAGGAAGGAAGGGGUGCGGUCUGUCACCGUGGAAAGAGGGUGAUGAUUUACAGCUAAGCUGGCACAUUAUUUUGGGAUGAUUUGGGCUCUUUCCGCUGGCAGGGAGGGGCUCUCACCCGCCCAAUCACUCAUUGGCAAUGGAUGUUUGUACCAGUCUUUGUGUGUGUGUGUGUGUGUGUGUGUGUGUGUGCGCGUGUGUGUGUGCGUGUGUGUGUCCUGUACACUCUUGUGCUUGCGUGGGUACGCUUGUGCAUGUACAUGUACAUCUUGUAUUUGUGAAUAUGUGUGUACAUAUGUAUGAGCGCUGUGCCCUGUGAAAAAAACCCUAACCCUCCUGAUAAACUAUAUGUGUGUCAAAUAAACCCUCUCACACACACACUGUCAACUGUGCCAAGUGUGUGUGUGUGUGUGUGUGUGUGUAUGUGUGUGUGCCACUGUGUCAAGGAGCAGGAGAGCAGGUGAACGUUAUAAAAACUGUGGAUCUAAUAUUUUUAUUCUCUGCUAAGAUGCAUCUUUAACCUUGUAUGUUUAUAGCCUGUCUUGUAUAAUCACUAACAGUUGUACAGUACCAGAUACAGAAGCCCUUUUUAUUUACAGCCUACUCAGAUAUCCUCCUCCAACAACACACUCCGCCAUGUUGCACAUCUUUCUCAUCGUAUAGUCCGUCCUAUCACUUCACAAAGCCGUUUUCACUCUUUUUAUAAAUAUAUAAAUAAUGUAUAGAUCACUAAAAUUAACUCUGUAAGAUAAUGUUUCUUAACAUGUUUAGAUAUAUCCACUAUGAUUACAGACCUGUGUUCUUUACAUAAUGCUGCUUAAAAAGCAUCAAUUGACAGAUUUUUGUAUCUAGAUAACUAAACUAUUGUAGAUUGUAAUAGUUAAGUUUGUAAUAUGCAUUGAAAAAAUACACACAAUUGUAUUAAAAAAUUCAAUAUUAGUAUUUUUGUAUUGUCUUGUUUUUUGUACAAAAGAAAUAGUAGCAAUGCUGUUUUUUUCUGCUAAAUGUACCUAGCUCUAAUACAUGUGCUUUUAAAUAAAAAGCUCAUUAUGAA